AUGGAGAAGCAGGCAGUAGGCCAUGUACCAGGAAUACAGCAUCGUAUCAUCACCAUGACAGACACCCCAGUGCACUUCAUUGCCAGCACACAGGCUGUAGUUGGGGCCCUUCUUCAGCACAAUGCAGAGGGUAUUCCACACACCAUCGCAUACUGGUCCCGCACCCAGGAGAACGCCGAGACCCGCUACGCCGUUAUUGACCUGGAGACGCUGGCUGUGGUAGAAGCUGUCCGAGUCUUUGACCAGUAUAUCGACGUUUUUUUAGUCUGGACAGACCACCAGCCCCUGGUUGAGGUACUUUCAAAUUACAUGAAGAGUACCCGCCUGAGCUGGUAUGUGUAUGAGCUUGGGGGCUAUGACUUUGUGUUGAAAUACAAAACCGGCCAGAUGAGAGCCGUGCAGUUGAUGGAGCACCAGCUACAGGACCCAGCAUGUGAGGACCUACUGGAAGAAUGCCGGUCUGUACCUGGGGAGAGACCUGCUGCACUCUCUUGA